UGGCUGGAGCCGGGCGGCCCCAGUUAGCCCUGGACUAGCCCUGGGCAGGCGAUUGCUCUCUGAGCACUGGCAUAGCUGCAAUCCAGAGCUGGCUCCAUCCCCAGGUGGCUGCCAGUGUGCUUGUGGGCCGGGAGGAUGGCUGCUGUGUGACCAGCCCGCACCCUGGCCCAGCUCCCUGCGUGGCGGGCGUGCUACGGCACAGCAAUGAAUGAUGCCUCAACGAUGGAUUAUGAACUGCUGUCCCCCUCCCUGGUGGAGCCCCCCGCCACCGGCCUGGGCAUGGACGCCGAGCAGAAGACGGUCUUCGCCUUCGUCAUCUUCCUCCUGGUCUUCUUGGUGAUGCUCAUGGUGCGCUGCUUCCGCAUCCUGCUAGACCCGUACAGCCGCAUGCCCGCCUCCUCCUGGACUGACCACAAGGAGGGGCUGGAGAGGGGCCAGUUCGACUACGCGCUGGUGUAGUGGGGCCAGGAGCUCAGCGCGCCACCCCUGCCCCUGCCUUUCUCUGUGGAGCGCUACCCUGCCCCCCAGGGAUGCUGCCAGCUGGGAGGGUGGAAGGGGCUUGUCUCUUUU